AGAAUUCUCAGCAGGAAAAUGUUGAGCAAGUGGAUAAACACAGAGCAUUAUCGCAAAGAUCGAAAAGGAAUGUGUCCAGAAGUCCUGAGCAGGGAAACUCCUGGGAGAUUCAGCACAGACCAGAUAGAGAGCAAGAAAACCAGCCAGGAGAAAUUGGGUAAAUUUAUUUCCUGUUGGGGAACUCAGAAGGUCCUCAUGGAAACCACAACACAACAGGAAAUCCUUAGGCGAAAGAGAAAAAAUACACGCACUGAGUGUGGGCAAAACUUCAUUCACGGAUCAAGCCUUUCUGUUCAUCUGAGAAUCCACACAGGGGAGAGGCCCUACAAAUGCCCUGAGUGUGGGAAAACCUUCAAUCGCAGGUCGCACUUUAUUAGGCAUAAAACAAUCCACAGAGGAGAGAGGCCCUAUGAAUGCAGUGAAUGUGGAAAAUGCUUCACUAGCAGCUCAGCCCUUUCUCAACAUCAGAGAAUCCACACGGGGGAGAGGCCCUUUGAAUGCCGUGAGUGUGGGAAAACCUUCACUUACAGAUCAGGCCUUUCUAGACAUCAGAGAAUCCACACAGGGGACAGGCCCUACGAAUGCAGUGACUGUGGGAAAAGCUUCACUCAAAUAUCAACCCUUUCUGUUCAUCAGAGAAUCCACACAGGGGACAGGCCCUAUGAAUGCAGAGAGUGUGGGAAAAGCUUCACUCAAAGAUCAAACCUUUCUGAACAUCAGAGAAUCCACACAGGGGACAGGCCCUAUGAAUGCCGUGAGUGUGGGAAAAGCUUCACUUACAGCUCAGCCCUUUAUGUUCAUCAGAGAAUCCACACAGAUGAGAGGCCCUAUGAAUGCAGUGAGUGCGGGAAAAGCUUCACUCACAGCUCAGCCCUUUCUAGACAUCAGAGGAUCCACACAGGGGAAAGACCCUACGAAUGCCAUGAGUGUGGGAAAACCUUCAGUCGCAGCUCGCACCUUAUUAGUCAUCAAACAAUCCACAGAGGGGAAAGACCCUACGAAUGCAGUGAGUGUGGGAAAACCUUCAAUCGCAGCUCGCACCUUAUUAGACAUCAAAGAAUUCACAUGGGGGAGAGGCCGUAUAAAUGCUGUGAGUGUGGAAAAUGCUUCACUAAGAGUUCAGCCCUUUCUCAGCAUCAGAGAAUCCACACAGGGGAGAGGCCCUAUGAAUGCAGUGAGUGUGGGAAAACCUUCUCUUGGCACUCAUCCCAUGUUACCCUUAUUCGACAUGAGAUAAUCCACACGAAAGAGACACCUUACAAAUGCUGUGAGUGUGGGAAAAGCUUCAAUCGUACCUCAGCCCUUAGUAGGCAUCAGCGAAUACACAGAGGAGAAAGACCCUAUGAAUGCUGUGAGUGCGGGAAAAGCUUCACUCAGAGAUAUACCCUUAACUCUCAUCAGAGAAUCCACACAGAAGAGCGACCCUACAAAUGCUGCAAGUGCGGGAAAAGCUUUACUCAGAGAUCAGCCCUUAUCUCUCAUCAGACAACACACACAGGAGAGAGACCCUAUGAAUGUUGCGAGUGUGGAAAAAGCUUCUCUCGGAGCUCAAACCUUACUGUGCAUCAGAGGAUCCACACAGGAGAGAGACCCUAUGCAUGCAGUGAGUGCGGGAAAAGUUUCAGUCACUUCUCCUCCCUUAUCUCUCACCAGAGAGUCCACACGGGAGAGAAACCCUACGAAUGUUGCGAGUGUGGAAAAAGCUUCUCUCGGAGCUCAAACCUUACUAUGCAUCAGAGGAUCCACACAGGAGAGAGACCCUAUGCAUGCAGUGAGUGCGGGAAAAGUUUCACUCACCUCUUCUCUCUUAUCUCUCACCAGAGAGUCCACACAGGAGAGAAACCCUAUGAAUGCAGUGAGUGCGGGAAAAGCUUCUCUCGGAGCUCAACCCUUGUUACACAUUACAGAGUCCACACCGGAGAGAGACCAUAUGAAUGCUGCGAGUGUGGGAAAAGCUUCACUCAUAGUUCAGGCCUUUCUAAACAUCAGAGAAUCCGUAAAGGAGAUAAACUUCAUAAAUGCCCUGAGUGUGGGAAAAACUUCAUUCACGGAUCAAACCUUUCUGUUCAUCUGAGAAUCCACACAGGGGAGAGACCCUACAAAUGCAGUGAGUGUGGGAAAACCUUCAAUCGCAGCUCACGCCUUAUUGCCCAUCAGAAAAUCCACACAGGGGAUAGGCCCUAUAAAUGCUGUGAGUGUGGAAAAUGCUUCACUGAGAGUUCAGACCUUUCUGUACAUCAGAGAAUCCACACAGGGGAGAGGCCCUACAAAUGCAGUGAGUGUGGGAAAACCUUCAAUCGCAGUUCGGACCUUAUUAGGCAUCAAACAAUCCACACAGGGGACAGGCCCUACGAAUGCAGUGGAUGUGGAAAAUGCUUCACUAGCAGCUCAAACCUUUCUCAACAUCAGAGAAUCCACACAGGGGAGAGGCCUUACGAAUGCCGUGAGUGUGGGAAAACCUUCACUUACAAAUCAGGCCUUUCUAGACAUCAGAGAAUCCACACAGGGGACAGGCCCUAUGAAUGCAGUGAGUGUGGGAAAACCUUCAAUCGCAGAUCAGGCCUUUCUAGACAUCAGAGAAUCCACACAGGGGACAGGCCCUACGAAUGCAGAGAGUGUGGGAAAACCUUCACUCAAAUAUCAGCCCUUUCUCAACAUCAGAGAAUCCACACAGGGGACAGGCCCUAUGAAUGCAGAGAGUGUGGGAAAACCUUCACUCAAAUAUCAGCCUUUUCUCAACAUCAGAGAAUCCACACAGGGGAGAGGCCCUUUGAAUGCCGUGAGUGUGGGAAAACCUUCACUUACAAAUCAGGCCUUUCUAGACAUCGGAGAAUCCACACAGGGGACAGGCCCUAUGUAUGCAGUGAGUGUGGGAAAACGUUCACUCAAAGUUCAGCCCUUUCUGUUCAUCAGAGAAGCCACACAGAUGAGAGGCCCUAUGAAUGCAGAGAGUGUAGGAAAACCUUCACUCACAGAUCAACCCUUUCUGUUCAUCAGAGGAUCCACAGAGGGGAAAGGCCCUAUGUAUGCAGUGAGUGUGGGAAAACGUUCACUCAAAGUUCAGCCCUUUCUCUUCAUCAGAGAAUCCACACAGGGGAGAGGCCCUAUGAAUGCAGAGAGUGUGGGAAAACCUUCAAUCACCGCUCACACCUUAUUACCCAUCAGAGACUCCACACAGGGGAGAGGCCCUAUAAAUGCUGUGAGUGUGGAAAAUGCUUCACAAAGAGUUCAGCCCUUUCUCAACAUCAGAGAAUCCACACAGGGGAGAGGCCCUAUGUAUGCCAUGAGUGUGGGAAAACC